CUCUGCCUUUACCUGCCAGCCCGCGCAGUUUCGGAGUCCAAACGAAACCUAGUCGACGGGUGUCACUUUUGCAGCAGCGCGUCUUCGCCGUCGGGGCUUCUCCCUUUUGCCUGCCUGCUUGCCACAGCAGUACCCACCCCUCCACUCCACUCCCGGUUCUCGCCAUCCCAUAAUCUGCCUUUGCCAUCGGCAUCCUCCUCUCGUCGUCGCCGUCGUCGCCGUCCUCCUCCUUCUCCUCUCCAUCACCAUGUCUAUGAUGCUGGAGACCGUCGGUUUUUUCCUGGCGACCAUCGGCUGCGGGAUGUUGGGGAUCACGCUCUACAACAGCUACUGGAGGGUCUCCACCGUCUCCGGCAACGUCAUCACCACCUCCACUAUCUUCGAGAACCUGUGGCAGAGCUGCGCCACCGACUCCACGGGCGUCUACAACUGCUGGGAGUUCCAGUCGCUGCUGGAGCUGCCAGCUUACCUGCAGGCGUCCCGAGCCCUCAUGAUCACUGCGUUGGUGCUGGGCUUCUUGGGGGUCCUGUGCGGCAUGUUGGGUCUGCAGUGCACCAAGGUGGCAGAGGGGAACCCCAAUGUGAAGGCAAAGAUGGCGGCUCUCGCGGGCUGCAUGUUCAUCUUGGCUGGUAUCUGUGGGAUGGUGACCAUCUCCUGGUAUGCCUUCAAUAUCACUCGGGAUUUCUUUAACCCCCUCUUCGUCGGCACAAAGUAUGAAAUUGGACCUGCCCUCUACCUGGGCUGGAGCGCCUCGCUGCUUGUGAUAAUUGGAGGAGGGUGCCUGUUCAGUUCGUGUAAGACCCAUUUGUCCCAGGAAAAGAGCUACACUUAUCCAUACAAGGCCCCCAAGAGUGCUCUGUCGGCCCCCACCAACCCAGCCCCUCGCCCCCGCAGGGAGUCUAACGCCAGCAGCAAUGGAAAGUAUGGGAAGAAUGCUUACGUCUAAGCCUUUGCAGUGGGGUGACCACCCCUGUCUGUUUGCAUUUUUCCAAAAGAGACGUUUUCAGAUGCUUUCUUGGUUGCACAGGAACCCAAAGGCUUUUUUAACGGAGCUUGCAAGCCAUGGUAGGAAGGGCUCUUUUUCUCUCUCACACAUCCCACUCUCUGCUCCAAUUCCUUUGGACAUUUCUGGUGAUGAUGAUGGUAAUAGGAACUGGGCAGAGACACUGAAUCCACAACCGACCCUGGAAAAUGCUGCAUGGUGCUCAGAUCUUCAGUGCGGAGGAGAACUGUCCACAUAUAAUGAUUUUGCCUUCCUUCUCCUCUGAAUGGAGACGGUUCCCUAUUGGUCAGUUAACCCUGGCCUGCUAGGUUUUGGCUAGCGUGUCAUUGGGAGCAGAUGGCUUCUUAAAAACGACAGAGGCAGGGAAUGAAAUCACACCAUUUCUCUUGUGAGAAAUAACUUCUCGUCUGUUGCAGACAUUUGCACAGGUCAUAUGCGCUUGGUGAUUGGGAGAGAGGCCAAAAAAGAUUUUGAAUGUGCUCAGAGGAACUGUUUUUUAUCAUUACUUCCUACAGCCCAAAGCGCCACCAAAUACUUGGAUUGGUCUCUAUGGGGAAAGAAGUAGUCUGAACUCCAAAUAGCAACAAAAUAGUAUUUUCUGUAGGUUUUGUACCCCCUACCUCUGCACACCCCGACAACACCCACAAUGAUUGAGUUAUCUGGAUGGGGGGGGGGGAAUGGUAUUGAAUCAGGAUGACAGUACUGAAUAAGGCUUGCUGAGACAGACUAGGAUUGCUUCAAGGAUUUGUAAGACAAACUUUUAAGAUGUGGCUUUUUAAAGGUGCCCCCCAUUGGACUUCCACUCCCAUCAGCCCCAGUCAGCUUGGUCUGGGAUAAUGGGAAGUAAAGUCCAAUCAUAAGCAGAAGACUUCAGAUUCCCACUCGCUGAAGUAGCAAAGUGGCUUCAAAAUGUAAAAAAAACCCCAGACAUCCUGUAGAAAUUUAAGCUUUUGCAAGAACUAUCAGGUCUUGUGUUGUAAAGCAAACCAGCGUUGCUUCUGUAUCUCAUCCCUCUCUUACUAGCCUUAGAGUUUUUUGAUUGCUCUUUUGUUUUUGAAGAUGGGGAUCAGGUAGAUCAAAAGAUCCGGUGCUUUGUCAUCAAGCAUGGCAUUGGGUAUAUAUUAUCUCCAGCAAUUCACAGCAGAAAAUACAGUUUGGGGUACUUUCAGGUUCCACUAGGAGUCUCCCCCCCCACCCCCAAUUAUUACCUACUGCUUAGAGCACACCUCUGCCACCUUUCAGAUUAGUACUACCGCGUUUCUCCGGAAAUAAGCCAUACCCCCCAAAUAAGCCAUACCCCGAAAAUAAGCCACCGUGGUUUUUUUUUGAGGGGAAAAUAUAAGACGGUGUCUUAUUUUUGGAGAAACACGGUAGCUACUAUGCCCUGGUUUAUUCCACAGCAGCCUCUCCUACUCUGGUGCUUUCCAGAUGUGGUUGAGCUACAACUCCCAUCUUCUCUGACCGUUGGCCAUGGUGGCUGGAGCUGACCAGAGAUGAGAGCCCAGUGUCAUUUGAAGGGCAUCAGGUUAGGGAAAGUGGCUCCACAGCAGGGAUCAAUGUUAUAAUCUCUGCAGAGUUACAAAUCGCCAUGUGAAAGGCACAGCAACAUGGGCUGGUUGAAAAGUUGGCAACCAAAGGCAAGCCUUUGUUCUGCAAUAACACCUCCUGGCUUGGCUCCUGAAAAAGCGGGUGCAAGAAAAUUGAGGUCACCCUUUCAUGCAGUGUUGCUGGUUUGGAAUUUCUGCUGAAAGGGCCAUGUCAGCCUUCCUACCGGCGGGCAGGAAAUUCAAAUGCAGCUGGAGGUGCAUAUUGAAGUUUUGCAUUUCAGAAUAUGACACACCAAGCUGGUGACUUGAAAGCUCUCCUAAAGCUCUGGUUGAAAGGGAUCUCUACUUCUGACAAUUACACAUAAGGAGGUUAAUAAUAGCACCUGGACUCUGGACUUGUACAGAACGUUCAACAGCUCCUCUUUGUGAUAAGUAUUACUCAAAGAUACUCAACACGGCAGCCUGGGGUAACUUGGCCUCCCUCCAUCCGAGAAGAGGAGCAACUGGACUCCUACAGAUAAGAAAACGCAAAUUUUGCUUUGACUUUGAACCAAGUCUUUGCUCACUCAACGCUGAGAAAAACAACUCUGGGAGCACAUGACCUGUGCGCUAGAAGCACUACCUUGUACAUUUCAGAUUUAUAUAUAUUAUAUAAAAAAUGAACAUUGUUUUAAAUGACAAUUGACUGGUGUCUGCUGUUUACAACCAGCUGCAGGAACCCAACUAAAAUAAAAGCAGGAUUCUUAAUCAGAACCGAAGUAGGGCAACCCAGCCAGGACUGAUGGCAAAGUCCUACAACCAAGUGCUCUGAAAUGACCACUUCGGACCAGACUUCACUAUGUUCUGAUCUUUUCAUCCAGGAGCUGCUCACCACAACCCCAACUCUUACCACACUGACACACACACACACGAAUCAAAAAAGGCUCUUUGCUUUGAGGGACAAUGGUACAUUGAGCUCCAUAAUCCUCACAACCUUGCGAGGUCCUAUGAUUCCUCUCCCCAUUCCUAAUUGCAGGAGGGCCGAAAAAACCUCCAUUUCUCCUCUUGCAAAAUACUCCUGUGCCCUAGUCCUGACACCGCCUGGGGGCUCCGGAUCCUGCUGCCAGUAGCAGGGAAAGAAGUCCUUUCAGCAGUGUACCGAAUCCACUUAUGUUUGCUCCCAAGGCAUAACAUACUGAAGAACAGCCUUGCAAGUUGUUCUGGGUUCGCUGAUACAUGAGACCAGAGAAAGGCAUGGUUAAACUACCUUGCUCUCCCUAACAUGGAACACACUGAAGGCAAAGGUGAAGAACCUGUGUAGUCCAUAUGUUGGACUACAAAUCCCAUCAUCCCUCACCACGGGUGAUGCUGGAUGAGGCUGAUGAGACUUGUCUGACACCUAGAGGGCCACAAGUCCGCAUCCUGCCAUGCAUGCCCCACCAAGUUCUAGGGAACUGUAUAGGCUUGUACCUGCAACUCACCUCUCUCCUUGCAAACCUGUGCAGAAGGCAUUAGUAAAUCGUUUUUGGGAGGGGUGUGUGGGUGUCACAAAGGAUUCCUCCCUUAAUAGGCCAGGUCAGCUCAAUAAUGCCAGAUAAAGGUCUUCAUUGCAGAAAGCCUUGCUUUCGUAGGACUUAAAAUAUCCGCCCCGCCCCAUCGUUCUCCUGGACAUUAAGGUCCAGCGCCAAGGGUCUUCUGGCGGUUCCCUCGCUGCGAGAAGCCAAGUUACAGGGAACCAGGCAGAGGGCCUUCUUCAUAGUGGCACAUGCCCUGUGGAACGCCCUCCCACCCAGAUGUCAAAGAGAAAAACAACUACCAGACUUUUAGAAUACAUCUGAAGGCAGCCCUGUUUAGGGAAGCUUUUAAUGUUUAAUAAAUUAUUGUAUUUUAAUGUUCUGUUGGAAGCCGCCCAGAGUGGCUGGGGAAACCCAGCCAGAUGGGUGGGGUAUAAAUAAUAAAUUAUUAUUAUUAUUAUUGGGAAUGGCUUGAUGAGACAUUUAGGGAAUAAUGAAGUCAUGCUUGCAGGCUUCCUACAGGCAGCUGCUUGGCCACAGUGAAAAGAGGAUGACGGGAUUAGACGGGCCUUUGAUCUGAUAAACCAGGGCUCUUUUUGCACCCUUUUUCUGCUUCCAAGUAGAAUUUGUGGGGCUGUGAUGAGACAGAUCCUCCAGACGUGGCCAACCCUCGUUUCUUGAAGCAGCAAGACAGAAAGGCAAAGGGAAGACAAGCGAGAGCUUUGCAAUACAAACGUUUAAUCUCGACACUUUUGGUAAUAGGUGGCGGUUUAACACCCCCUCCUUAACGUUCCUUCCCUUGGCCCCUGGGCAACGGCUAGAGCAGGUUCAGGCUUUAUAGAAGUACUGUGCUGUCUUGGGGUGGAUGGGUGGGAAAAGGGGACAGCAGUGCCUCCCCCUUUUGCCCUGGAGCAGGAGGAGGAAAAGUUAAAAAUUCGCCUAACUGGAGUAAAUUGAGGGAGGCAAGAACCCCUCACUUGGGUAGUAGAAUAUCAGACUCGCAAUUCACACACUGUAACAGUCAAAACGGUGGCAAGGAAGGAGGGGGAUUUCACAGGGUUUAACUUUAGGGCAAGGUGCAUGACCUAAGCUCCUCUCCCCCAAAUCCAGGCUGGGUUCUUGACCAUUAUUCCCUUUGCAUUUGGGGGAAGGGAGAAGUCAAAUGUGCAAUACCGGAA